UCCUAACCUUAGUUUAGUGCUAUUGCUUUAGUUGAUUUUUAAGUUGUCAACUUCACCAGUCAUCAAUAUUUAGUUAGUUCGAUACGUAUAUUCCGAUUGGAAUAUUUACCGAUUUGGCAUUAACGAAGAUGACUUCUCACGAUAUAAGCAUUGUUGAUUAUUAUGCAGAAAAUAAUGGUUAUAGAUGUGGAUACUGUAAAUCUCCCAACACAAACUACAGCCAUGGCAUGUGGGCUCACAGUCUGACAGUACAAGAUUAUCAAGACUUAAUAGAUCGAGGCUGGAGAAGGAGUGGAAGUUACUGUUACAAACCUACAAUGCAUCUGACUUGCUGUCCAAUGUAUACAAUUAAAUGUUCUGCUCUGGAUUUCAAACUUUCAAAAUCUCAAAAAAGGAAGUUGAAGAGAUUUCAAAACUUUUUGGCUUAUGGGAGACAUAAGAGCUCAUCUCGAAACGAUGAUGCAAUAGAAUCAACAUCUGAUAUGGAAUCAACUGAUGAAGGAGACCCAGGUUUUGGCAUAAGUGAUUUUCCUGACUUGAAAGAGAAAGCACAUUCCAACGCCAGCAAUGCAGUAUUGACCUCUGUGGAGUCUUCUCUGCAAGAUAGUCUGUCAAUGAAUGAAGAUGGUAGCAAGAAAAUAUCUAUUGAAGAAUCACAAAGUAGUCAUUUGGAUAUUAAAACAGUUGAGACCAACACUAGCACUUCCCAAGUUUCUAUUACCUACUCUACUUCUAAUGAAAUGAAUGAAGGGAAAACGGAUGCAUCGGUAAAACCACAGGCUAGAAAAGGAACUAGACCAGGUGAUGGUAUGGACCCAAACCGACCAAAAUGCAAAAAAGCUAAACUGUUACGACAAGAGAGAAAAGAGAAAAAACUAGCCCAGAUGGGAACUUUGCCCCCUGAAAAGGAAAAGAAUAAACCAGCGCCAACUGUCAAGUCAUUAGAAGAUUUCUUAAAUGAACCUCUACCAGAAAAUCCUGCCCACAGGUUAGAAAUAAGGCUAGUGAGGUCGUACCCGGCCAGUCAUGAGUUCACCGCAACUUUCAAAGCUGCUUUUGAAGUCUACCAACGUUACCAAAUGACUAUUCACAAUGAUCCCAUUGAGAAAGUUAACGAGAAACAGUUUACCAGGUUUCUUGUAAAUUCACCUCUGAAGCCGUGGAUGCCGAGAGAUGGUCCUCCGCAAGGCUAUGGAUCGUUCCACCAGCAGUACUGGCUGGAUGGUAGACUCAUAGCUGUCGGAGUGUUGGAUAUCUUACCUUCAUGUGUGUCCUCGGUCUACUUCUUCUACGACCCAGAGUUCCAUUUCCUUGUACUCGGCACUUACGGGUCUCUUAGAGAGAUAGCGUUCUGUCGGUCCCUCCACCACUCCGCCCCCAGUCUGAGGUACUACUACAUGGGGUUCUACAUCCACUCCUGUCCCAAGAUGAGGUACAAGGGGGCAUACUACCCCUCACUGCUACUGUGUCCUGAAGUCUACACCUGGCACCCGAUAGAGUACUGCAUCCCUCUGCUGGAGAAGAGCAAAUACUCCAGGUUCAAUGAGGACCCUAAUGCCAAAGACACUGACCAAGUGGUGGACAUUAACCUGGUGACAGUUUUGUAUCACCACAGAGCCAUGACCUACCAUCAGUACAUCUCUCUCAGUCCUUCCAACACACAGAAGGAGGAAGUGGAACAAUACGCUAGCUUGGUGGGCAACAAACUCUCCCGCAAAAUGCUGCUCCUCAUCACAUGAAAGCUUGCUUCUGGCGUACUUACAAAAAUCACUUCGAUAUUGUCAAGUUUUCGAAAAAAGUUGUGUAGUUUCUAUUAAUUUAUUAAAAUAUACUUUUGAAUUUUU